AUGGCCGCUGUGAGACGCCGGCGAGGAGAUGAGCUCGCGACGGGUCUGAACGGAGCUCGGUCGACGAGAGCUCAAAAUUGUCGGACAAGGGUCGGGGCUCGCGAUCAGUCGCAGCCCGACGGAAAAUUGAGGCCCGAAGUCGCCAGAGGCUUAGCUCGUCGGAUGUUGGUCGAGUUAGCCGAAAACUCAACGUCGCUUCGUGAACGGGCUGAAGCAGCUGCUCGCGUGGUGCGUCUGUCGGUGUCUGGCACGUCGGCGGUUUGCUGCUGCUCUGGAGUGCUUGCGGCGGCGUUGACGGAUGGUGGUCACCGGACAGAUUUGGAGAAUGAGGGCAAUCGAUUAAACAUAGAAGAGAGAUUGAGAAAAAAAAUGAGGGUGAAGGGGAUGACGGCGUUUGAAAGAGAAAAAGAUAGGAGUCAAGAGGACAUCCCUUCUCCAGCAAAGUCAAUAGUUGCCACAUCAUUUGUCUCAGCUAACAAGGUACCAACCCCGGGAGAAGAAAUGGUGGAAAAUAAUCUCCAGCUAGUGGAAUCCUCAGUGAUGGAGGUAGCAUCCUCGCGCGUGCGGCCGGCGUGCAGGGUCAGUGGACUCAGUGAGAAGGGACUGCCUCCUCAGGUGCUCCCGAAUCCUCCGGUGAGGCUCGGGUACAUUUGUUGCGAUGGCCUAGCCAAGUGCCACGCGGACGGCACAUAUGAAUGGUUCAGCGACUCGAAAGUGGGAGGCGGCAUUGCGGUCGCCGAUAUCGGUCGGGCUGACAGCCGGUGGACAUGUGGCUUAGGUGACGGCAAAGUGGGUGAGUCGGGUGCAACCGGCAACUCAACAGCCGUCAAUUUGAACACUGCUGGUGGCGAUGUGGGCUGGGAAGACGCGUGCUGA